CUGAUGGAUAUGCAGUACUAUUGUGAUUUUGAUUUGCGUCUCCCUAGUGACUGAUGAUGCUGAACGUCUUCUCAGGGUUGCUCAGUUACGUGGAAGCUCAAGAUGAAUGCAGCAGAGGUGCCUGUCAGCCCCCAACCAGUGAUCUCCUGGUGGGUCACAGUGGGCAGCUCACAGCUGCUUCUACCUGUGGACUGGACAGAGCCCAGAAAUACUGCAUCCUCAGCUACCUCGAGGGGGAACAAAACUGCUUCAUCUGUGAUUCCAGAUUUCCAUAUGAUCCACACACCCAACCCAACAGCCACACCAUCGAGAACGUAAUCACAGGUUUUGAACCAGAGAGAGAAAAGAAGUGGUGGCAAUCUAAAAAUGGUCUUGAUCAUGUCAGCAUCAGACUGGACCUAGAGGCCUUAUUUCAGCUCAGUCACCUUAUUCUGACCUUUAAGACUUUUCGGCCUGCUGCAAUGUUAGUUGAACGCUCCACAGACUAUGGACACACCUGGAGAGUGUUCAAAUAUUUUGCCAAAGAUUGUGCUACUUCCUUCCCUAACAUCACAUCUGGCCAGGCCCAGGGAGUGGGAGACCUUGUUUGUGACUCCAGAUAUUUGGAUAUUGAACCCUCCACUGGUGGUGAGGUAGAAUUUCCUUUCUUCAGGUGCUGUGAACCCAUCCAACCUAAUGCACUUUGAUUUAUUAAUUUCAUUAUUUUCCUUUCUCUAGACCUUGUGACAUUAACAAACCUGAAGAUAAACUUUACCAGGCUCCAUACUCUCGGGGAUAUUUUGCUUGGAAGAAGGCAAAAUGAUUCCCUUGAUAAAUACUACUAGUAUGAGAUGGUGGUUCGAGGAAGCUGUUUUUGCAAUGGCCAUGCUAGUGAAUGUGGUUCAACACAGAAGACGCGCGGUGAUGUUUUCAGCCCUCCAGGCAUGGUUCAUGGUCGAUGCAUCUGUCAGCACAGUACAGACGGCCCAAACUGUGAGAGGUGCAAGGACUUCUUCCAGGAUGUUCCUUGGAGGCCAGCCACGGGCCUCCUGGACAGUGCUUGCCGAGCUCAUCACUGUAACGGCCACUCUGACCGCUGUCACUUCGACAUGACUGCGUACCUGGCGAGUGGGGCCGCAGUGGGGGGCGUGUGUGACGACUGCCAGCACAACACCCAGGGCCAGCACUGUGACCGCUGCAGACCUCUCUUCUACAGGGACCCCCUUAAGGCCAUCUCGGAUCCUGACGUGUGCAUUCCUUGUGAGUGUGACCCUGAUGGGACCAUUUCUGGUGGGCUUUGUGUGAGCCACUCUGAUUCUGACUUGGGGCCUAUGACCGGCCAAUGCCUGUGUAAGGAGAACGUGGAAGGAGCAAAAUGUGAUAGAUGCAUGCCAAACCACUAUGGACUGAGCGCCAUCGACCCCCUCGGCUGUCAGUCCUGCGACUGUCACCCCCUUGGGAGUCUGCUGCUCUUGACCUGUGAUGUGGAUACAGGCCAAUGCUUGUGUCAGUCGUUUGCUACAGGACUACACUGUGAAGAAUGCACUGCUGGAUACUGGGGACUAGAAAAUCACCUCCAUGGAUGUUCUCCCUGCAACUGUGAUAUUGGAGGUGCUUAUUCCAACAAGUGCUCACCCAAGAAUGGGCAGUGUGACUGUCGCCCCCACGUCACAGGUUGCAGCUGCGCUGAGCCAGCGCCUGGCUAUUUCUUUGCUUCUUUGAAUUUCUACCUCUACGAGGCGGAGGAAGCCACGCCGCUUCAGGGCCUGGCACCUUUGGGCUCGGUGACUUCUGACCAACUGCCUGCUGUUUCCAUCUUUCUCCGAGAGCCAGUUCCUGGGAUGCCUGUCACAUGGACAGGACCUGGAUUUGCCAGAGUUCUCCCUGGAGCUGAUUUGAGAUUUGCUGUUCCCAUGGAUUUCACAGUUGCCAUUCGCUAUGAAACUCAGUCUGCAGAUGACUGGACCAUCCAGGUGGUGAUUAACCCCAUUGGAGCAAGCAAGCACUGCACACGCGAGACCCUACAGCCAAAGCCUCAGGCUUUACCAGCAGCUUUCAGAAUCAUGCUGCUUCCCACACCCAUCUGUUUAGAACCAGAUGUACAAUAUUCCCUUGAUGUCUAUUUUUCCCAGCCUUUAGAAGGAAGGUUCAAGGCUCAUUCACACACCCUGGUUGAUUCUCUUGGUCUUAUUCCGCAAAUCAACUCACUGAAGAAUUUCUGCAGCAAGCAGGAUUUAGAUGAAUAUCAGCUGCACAACUGUGUUGAAAUUGCCUCAGCAUAGGGACCUCAGGUGCUCCCUGGAGCAUGUGAAAGACUUAUAGCCAGUUUGUCUGCCAGGCUGCACAACUGGGCCGUGGCUUGCAGGUGUCAUCCACAGGGCUCGAAGGGACCCAGCCGCAGCCGACUGGGGGGCCAGUGCCGGUGUAAGCGUGUGACUGGCCGCUGCUGUGACACGUGCUCAACGGGAAGCUAUGGUUUGGGGCAACAUGGCUGUCACCCUUGUCACUGCCACCCUCAAGGCUCAAAGAGCACCAUAUGUGACCAAGUAACGGGACAGUGCCCCUGCCAUGGAGAGGUGGCCGGCCGCCAUUGUGACCGGUGCCUGGCAGGCUACUUCGGAUUUCCCAACUGCCACCCCUGCCUUUGUAAUGGGUUCGCUGAACUUUGUGAUCCAGAAACUGGGUCAUACUUCAACUGUGGCGGAUUUACAACUGGGAGAAACUGUGAAAAAUGCAUCGAUGGUUACUAUGGAAAUUCUUCUUCAGGACAGUCCUGCCGUCCUUGCCUGUGUCCAGAUGUUCCCUCCAGCAAUCGGUAUUUUGCCCAUUCCUGUUAUCAGAAUCUUUGGAACUCAGAUGUAAUCUGCAAUUGUCUUCAAGGUUAUGCAGGUGUGCAAUGUGGAGAAUGCUCUGCUGGUUUCUAUGGAAAUCCAAGAAUUUCUGGAGCACCCUGCCGGCCAUGUGCCUGUAGCAACAACAUUGAUGUAACUGAUCCAGGGUCCUGCAGCCCAGUCACAGGGGAGUGCCUUAAAUGUCCGUACAACACUCAGGGCCCCAACUGCCAGCUCUGCAAACCAGGUUACUUUGGAUCGGCCCUCAAUCAGACCUGCACGAGGUGCUCUUGUCAUCCCUCUGGAGUGAGUCCCACUGAGUGUCCCCCCGGUGGGGAAGCUUGCCUCUGUGAUCCUGACACUGGCACGUGCCCAUGUCUGCCCAGCGUCACAGGCCGGACCUGUGACCAUUGUGCUGUUGGAUACUGGAAUCUGGUCCCUGGCAGAGGAUGUCAGCCAUGUGAUUAUGACCUCCGGACCUUGCUCAGCAGCCACUGUGACCAGGUUACAGGCCAGUGUCCGUGUAGAUUAGGCUAUGAUGGGAAACACUGCUCUGAAUGUGAGGAGAAUCAUUAUGAGGAUCCCCUAGGGCGAUGCAUUCCAUGUGACUGCAACAAGGAAGGUUCCCAGAAGCCUGUCUGUGACCGGGACACAGGCACGUGUCGAUGCCAGGAGGGCAUUAGCAGCCCCCGAUGUGAUCGCUGAGCCCAGGGUCAUGACCAGGAAUUCCCCACUUGUCUUCGGUGUCACUUGUGCUUUGAUCAAUGGGACCACACUAUUUCUUCCCUCUCCACAGUGGUGCAAGGGUUAAUUAGGCUGGCUGCUAACAUGGAAGAUAAAAGAGAGACCCUGCCUGUCUGUGAGGCCGACUUCAAAGGCCUCAGAGAAAACAUGUCUGAAAUAGAAAGGAUUUGGAGACAUCCUGUUUUCUCAUCUGAGGAAUUCUCAAAAGUCAAGGAUUAUCAUGACUCUGUUCGGAAACAAAUCAUGCAACUAAGUGAACAGCUGAAAACAGUGGAUGAAUUUGAAGACCUGAAAGAAACAAUAGUCAGAAUGAGGGAUGAAACAAACCUCUUACUUGAAGAUCUUCAGGAAGGAAAUGAUCUACACUCCAGUGCCUGGAACGCAAGCCUCAUGGGUAAGAGAGAAAAUAUUUUUCAAAGAACAUCAAAGAAGUAUUAUCAGAGUUCUCUAUCUACUGAAAAGAAAACUAAUGAAACUACAUCCAUCAUAAACAACUCCAAAAAUAAGAAUGACUUCCUUUGCAUCUUAGAUACACUAACCUCAAAAGAAGACUUGUCAUUGGAGAAAUUAAAGCAGAUCAAGAUACCAAAUAUUCAAAUAUUGCAAGAAAAGAUGUGUGGAGCGGGAGAGGACACGGCCUGUGUGCUCUCAUCCUGUGGCAGCCCGAGCUGUUACGGCUCCCCAGCCCUCUCAAGGAAUGCCCUGCAGAAAGCUCAGGAAGCAGAAUCUGUGGUUCACAGUUUGAACAGCCAAGUUCACAGGUUGAAGAAACAGAUCAGAAAUAUAAGUAAACUGGCAGAAGUUUGCAAAAAGAGUACACUACAACUAAGAAAGAAACUGAGGAAUAUGAAAAACCAAAGUGAAUCUGAAGAACAAAAAGUGAAUCUUCUGAUAAUAAAACUGAAAAUAUUUUUGUUAGAGGAAAACGUGCCUCCAGAGGACGUAGAGAAGGUGGCAAAUUGUGCACUUGACAUCCAUCUACCAAUAACAUCACAAAAUCUAACCCAUGAACUUGACAAAAUACAGAAACUUAUGCAACUCUGUGAGGACUACAGGACAGAAGAGGACAGGCUAAACAAAGCAGCAGAUGGAGCCCAGAAGGUUUUGGUGAUGGCAGAAGCAGCUGAAAAAGCAGAAAAUGUUCUAUCAAAUCUCAGCAAAAUGUUGAAUAAGUUGCAGCAAGUUCAAAUCACUCAAGGACGGGCAGAUUCUACCAUCACACAGCUGACUGCCGAGAUAACAAAAUUCAAAAAGAACGAACUUCAGCAGGCUGAAAAUCAGGCCAAGGAGAUGAAGAAUAAGCUGGACGUAGCAAAGCACCAGUCAGCGUUGGAGGGUGAACUUGCCCAGCUGCAGACCACGUUGCAGAGGAAUCGAGGCGAGGCUGUCCGUGCACGAGCUCAGGCUGAAGCGGCCCGGCACCAGGCUGGGGGCCUUGAGGAGGAGUUUGUUGAGCUACAGAAUCAAUAUGCUGUUCUUCAGCAUAAGAUGAGCGUAUCAGGACUGACGAAGGAAACAUUAGGAAAAGUGAAACUGCUAAAAGAUGCAGCAGCGGAACUGGCUGGAGACACAGAGGACAAGAUGAGAAGAAUAGCAGAAUUGGAAAAGAAGAUCCAAGCUUUGAAUCUUAGUAAACAAGAAAAAGCUGAUCAGCUGAAACAGUUGGAAGAUCAAGUCAUUGCCAUUAAAAAUGAAAUUGUCAACCAAGAAAAUAGCUAUGCUACCUGCUACAGUUAGGUGGAGUUAAAAUGCAAAAUCAUGUAUGCCUUCAUUUCUGGCUUCUGAUGAGCAAACCUGAGGAGCUGUGCUGAAGCUGAGAAGCACAAAUGACCAGCCUUUUCUGCCUCCUCCUCUGAGUCCUCUCCUUGCCCAGCAUGGCUGGGGAGUGAAGUCUGGCCAAGGAAAUGCCACUUCAUGCGGAAUAGAAAUGGAGUAGUAAAGAGAUCAUCUCUAGUUUCAGAAAACUUUGCUUUUGCCUUCCUUUCCUUUCAUAGCUUACAAAUAAUGACUUGCAUGUUACAAGUGUAAAUCUAUAAAUAAGUAUGUAUUUACAUUCAUUUCAAUCCAAUGGCCUAAGUGUUAAAUAAGUUGCCAGCACUUGGGGUUGGGAGAAUGGGGAGUUCUAAUCAACAGGCAAGAUGUUUCAAUUAAGCAAGAUGAGUACAUUGUAAAGAUCUACUACAUAUUAUACAUAUAGUCAGUGAUAACAUAUUAUACACUUAAAAAGCAAUGAGUAUAAAUCUCAUAUUAAAUGUUAACACAAUAAGAUAAAUAGAUUUAAACAAAUUAAACCAAUAUCUCUAAUACUAGAAUGGCAUAAAUAUGGAUGGCAUAUACUAGAUUGUCCUAUAUUUUAUUUGGAUAUGCUUUGUCUGUAAAACUCUUAUUCUAUUCUGAGUAAAAUGCAUACAAUUCAAAAUGUAACUUGUUUUUACACCCACUUUCCUAUGUAUUCAUUCUCUCAACCAAAGGAUUCUGUUUUCCCAAAAUGACACUAGAACAAUAUUCUAGUGUUGGAAUAUUGAAGAAGGAAGAUAAAUACUGGGCUACUUUUCAUAAGUUGUCUGCAACCACAUUUGCUGUAAAAAUCUGCUUAUUUUUAAAAGACUAGUGAUCAUGUAAUUGUUUAGUUUAAAAGAUCAGAUUGUUUCAUUUCAAAAUGGAUCUGUUAUUUCAUAUUAACCUGUUGCAUGUAUGUUAUACAAUAGAGCACAUUGUGAAAGCUCUCCUUCAGAGGGAUUAUUUUAAGGGAAUUUGGCCCCACAUUUGUGAAUAAGAAAUAAUAUACAUCAGUAUGAAAGAGAAAAAGCAGCUGGAACCAUUUCCAUUAAGGGCUGACUCUUAACAGAUGGAUUUAAAAACUCAACAAAGAGGCUUUAUGAUUACAUAUAAAUAUGAAAUUUCUUUAGAUGUAGGUUACCAAGGAAAAUCACAGUUUCCCUGGUGAUUCUGAAGAAUGGGAUGAAACUUUUCUACAGAAACAACCAUCCCAGAAAUCUCUCUUGAAAUAUAUGAUUAUAAUCCUUCACACAUUUAGUACUUGGACUUUUGGAAAUUUCCACCAACAGCACAAAGAAUGAGCCAGAGUCAAAGAACACAGCUAUCAUAUUUCUAUCCAAUAUAGAGAGUGGAACAUGCUCCAACUUUCCCACUGGGAUACUGACUUUCAACUUGGUACAAAUGAUAGACUUAAUUUUGCAAGCAUGGUGAUCUGUUUGCAAUAACCAUGUCAAUUACCUUUUUGGUGGGCAGACUGUACAAGUAAUAGGCCACAGAGCAAAGAAAGGAUUAAAGAGGGAAGAGUUUCUAUCCUCUGACUGGGGAUGCUGUUGAGUUCUGGAGAGAGUGAAAAUUCCACAGUCAUGACAAAAGCACUGUGAUCUGGGGAACGAAGUGUGAGUGCAAAGGCAAAGAUAAACCCAUCAUCUCUGUGGGCCUCCAGGGAUUGUAGCUU